GUUAAGUUGGUUUUGGGUUGGACCUCAUCGCCGAUGAGUUUCAUAUUUUAUCUGAUAAUAACGAUGGGAUGUAUUUUAAUAAUCGCAUUAUUGGUGGUGUCGCUGGUAUUCGUGCGGAGCGUAAAGCACGCGCGCGCCACUCGUGGCACUUACUCCCCCUCCACGCAAGAGAUGUUCGGCAACUCUGCCUCAGAAAUACUGAAACCUCCGCCCGAAGAGAGACUUAUCUAGAUUUUCUAAUUUAACCCAAUUUUAUAAUCAAUUUUAUGUAAUUUAUUUACGUUUCACAUAAAACUCUAAUUAUAUUUAUACUGUAUUUAUUUUCUACAAUUGACGGAACCAUUGAACUAAUAAACUAUUUUUACUCUCAUUUACACUAAAA